AUGGCAUCAGAAAGGAUUCCCGGCAUCUACGGUCCUGGCACCUUCACAGACAAGACCUUCACCCCAGUACCCGAAGACACAGAGCGGAUUUUCCGCCUCAUAGCAAGCCAAACCCCGGGAUUCACUCAAGAUGAGCGUCUUCUUUCCAAAGUCAAUUUUUCCGGAGAGGCGUACCCCGUCAUUCCCGGCCCGAUCAAGGCAGUUUCUGUCGCUGCCGCUCUUCACGCUAUGACCGGCGUUCUUGCGGACGAAAUUCUAGCCAUCCGGGGCGUCAACAAGGACGACCGACAGAUUUCCGUCAACACCACACACGCAGCUGUCUGGUUUGGCUGCAUAGCCACUGCAUUCCUCGACGGUAUGGAUGUUGUCAACAUGGUCAAGCAGGGUCAACUUAAGAGCUUUCUGCCGGACUGGGAACACGGCUGGACCGAUACUGCCCUCAAAUACCGUGCGACCGGCCUCUACCCAACCAGCGAUCCUGAAGUGUGGUACUCCCUUCAUGGUAGCAUGAACGCUGAUCCAGUCCUGCGCUCUAUCGGCGUUGACCCGUCAGCACCUAUUAAGUCUAACGACGAAGCGGCCGCGCACAUUGCUGAGCACACCGCAAAGCUUAGCCCAGAGAAGAUGGAAGUCACAAACCUGUUGAAUGGAUUUUGCGGCAGCAUCUGCUUUACUCCCAAGCAGUGGCGCGAGUCUGAGAUGGGACGGUCUCUUUGCAGGCACCCUCUAGUCAAUGUCAAAAAGCAGGAGCAGACGAUCCCGACACCGCCAAUUGCGUUCCCGCCUCUCAGCCCCAACGACAAACGACCCUUGGCAGGAGUCAAGGUUAUUGAGAUGACUCGAGUUAUCGCUGGGCCAGAGAUUGGAACCAUUCUUGCCGCAUACGGCGCAGACGUGAUCCGCGUCAACCCUCCCCACCUUCCGGAUAUCAACAUCAUGCAGCUCUCACUGAACGCCGGCAAACGCACUAUUGCCAUUGAUCUCCGAAAAGAAGAGGAUGCCUCAAUCCUCAAAUCGCUCGUUUCCGAAUGCGAUGUUUUCAUCCAGGGGUUCCGCAUCAACAAGAUGCCUAAAUUCGGCCUCGGGCUGAACGAACUCUUGAAGAUGGCUGGGGAUCGUGGCCGAGGCAUCGUUUAUGUCACCGAGAACUGCUAUGGACCGGACGGAUAUUAUGCUGAGCGACCUGGUUGGCAGCAAAUCGCUGAUGCUGCGGCUGGUUCUGCCUAUGUCACAGGAAGGUCUUUGGGGCUUCCGGAUAACGAGGCUGUGCUUCCAAGCUUGCCUAUUUCUGACAUGUCCACUGGUGUCUUGGGCGCGGUCGGGGCGAUGCUUGGACUGAAGCGACGCGCAACUGAGGGCGGAAGCUACUAUUCACAUGCCAGUCUUGUGGGUGUCAACGCCUUUGCCCUUACCGAAGAGGUCGGUCUCUACCCUGAGACCACUGUUGAAGAGUGCAAGCAGCGCUUCCAAUGGGGAGAAAUGAGGGGUGCUCAUCAUGUUCUGGAUCUCCUAGUGACUGUCUGGAAUGGGUGGACAAGGGUUCUUGGUGACUUCUUCAAUCCCGAGGGCGAGUGGUUCCAGAGUUUUGAUUCAAGUGCCUUUGAUAAAAAGCGCUUGAGUAUUCUGAGACCCGUGGUCAAGUUUGAGGGAGAAAAGGAAACUUCUCCCGAAUGGAAAACUCCUAGCAUUCCUUACGCGUUCGAGAAGGCCGAAUCUAUCAAAUUCCUUUGA